AUGGUUCGCCAUGGAGAUUUGGGACAUCUAGAAGAAGGCCCACAUCUGACUCACACCUGCGACGCCACCGCUCGUGCCCUCCAUGGCCUCAAGGCCAAGAUCAACUUCCUCCUCUACCUAACUCCCCCUACCCUUCCUUUCUUCUCCUCCACCACUGUCGCCGACGUUGGAUUUUCUUUCCACCACCACCAUAAUCCUGGCUCCCCUCAGCUCUCGGUGUCACCCUUCAAGGCCGGCAAGCUCUGCAUACUAACGGCAAUGGGGGAGGAGGAGUUGGAUCUUAGACGAGAGACUGUGGUGGUGACAAUGAGGCAGUGGCCGGAGCUAGCGAUCUCAAGUUUGGUGUCGAAGAUGAGUCCGUCUACUCAUGGCGAUCUCCACUGCCUCCCUACAUUUUUCUUUCCUCUGUCUCCUACUUCCCUUUCGCAACGCGAGUGCCGGUUGGAUCGUCUUAACGCACUCCAGCCCACACGCCGUGUGGAAUCCGAAGCUGGCGUGACGGAAUACUUCGACGAGAAAGAUGAUCAGCUCCAGUGUGCCGGCGUGUCUGUACGCCGCCGGACGAUCGAGCCCAACGGCUUGCUUCUUCCCUCCUACUCCAGUUCUCCUCGCCUCGUCUAUAUCCUGCAAGGACGAGGCAUCGGUGCAUCAAUAAUGCCUGGCUGCCCCACCACAUUCCAAUCCGUCCGUCGAUCGCAGCAGGAGGGGGAGGAAGGCUCGCAACGCCAGAGGUUUAGAGACGACCACCAGAAGGUCCACCGCUUCCGGGCCGGCGAUGUCCUUGCAAUUCCUGCUGGAAUUGCUAACUGGUGUUACAACGACGGUGACACACCAGUCGUUACGCUGACCGUUUUCGACACCAGAAGCAACGCUAACCAACUCGAUCAGAACCAGAGGGAAUUCCAACUAGCUGGCAGUCAGCGGGAAAGCCAGCAAGAGAACACAGGGAAGAACGUCCUAAGAGGGUUCAGAGCUGAUUCAUUAGCGGCCGCUAUUGGUGUUGAUAGGGAGCUGGCAAGGAAGCUCCAACUCGAGGACGACCGAAGGGGAGAGAUUGUCCGCGUGGAAAGAAGCCUUCAGGUGCUGAGACCCCCAAGUGAGGAGGAGGAGCAGGAGAGGCAGGAGAGUGAUCCAAAUGGGCUCGAGGAGACCUACUGCUCAAUGAAGAUCAGAGAGAACAUUGAGAGGCCAUCGGCUGCCGAUGUCUACACUCCACGGGGUGGAAGAAUGACCACCCUGAACUGCCAUAAGCUCCCCAUCCUUAGAUUCAUCCAAAUGAGUGCUACAAGGGUAGUGCUCUACCGGAAAACCAUUCUUGCACCCCAUUGGAACAUCAACGCCCACAGCGUGACGUACUGUACGGGUGGACGGGGCCGGGUUCAGGUCGUCGACGACGAGGGCAAAGCGGUCUUCGAUGGUGAGCUUCGCCGUGGCCAGCUCUUGGUCAUCCCGCAAAACUUUGCAGUAAUAAAACAAGCGAGAGAGGAAGGUCUCGAGCUCAUCUCGAUCAAGACCAACAGUGCCGCCAUGGUCAGCACGGUCGUCGGUAAAGCAUCAGCUAUCAAAGGCAUGCCCGAGGACGUGCUCAUGCACUCGUAUAACAUCUCAAGGGAUGAAGCCAGGAGCGUGAAGUAUAGGAGGGGGGAUGAGAUGGCUUUGUUUACUCCUACUUCUGAGGCUUAAUGCAAUUGAUGAGUGCAUGGUAAUCCUCCAGGACGCUAUAGCCGGUUUUGCGACCUAAGUUACGUGAGGUUAAAUAACUAAAUAAAUAAAGCCUGGUGGACUCUUGGCAUU